AGGGGAAUGGACCAAUCAGCUGCUGCAGUUGCAGGGGAGGCACUAAUCCGGGCUCUUUCUGAGUGGCAACUGUCGGCUGCAAAAAAGGACUGGAUUUGAAUUUUAAAGUGUUGUGAUUCUCAGAACGUUUUGUGCAGCUGGCUGCAGGAGGAAUCACAUGCUGCCUAAAACCGGCCUAUUGGCCUAUUCAUCCAGCCCCGCCCUCUCUCUAGCUGCAGCCCAGGCAACCAGAGCGAGCAGAUGGCAGCUGGAGAGAGAGCCGGGGAAAGGCAGCUCUCCUUGGGCAAGGCCGCCUGCAUCCUCACCGGGGCAUCCCGGGGCUUCGGCCGGAGCCUGGCCCUGCUGCUGGCCCCGCGGCUGGAGACUGGCUCCGUCCUGAUCCCGGUGGCCCGAUCCCAGGGGGGCUUGGCCGAGCUAGAGGCUGAGCUGCGGUCCAGUUUCCCCAGCUUGAAAGUGCAUUCGGUGCAGGCUGAUCUGAGCACGGAGGACGGGCUACAGCUGGUGCUCCGUGCAGUCCAGGACAAGCUGCCGGGAGCGGCUGAUCUGGAGCGGCUCCUUGUUAUCAACAACGCGGGAUCACUUGGAGACAUUUCCAAAUCCUUUCUGGAUUUCACCAGCCCAGCCGAAGUCAACAGCUACUUUGCCUUCAAUGUCACCUCGGUGCUCUGCCUCACAUCCUCCAUCCUGAAGGCCUUCCCGGGGCGCCCUGGCUUGUGCAAGACUGUUGUGAACAUCUCUUCGCUGUGUGCCUUGAAGCCCUUCAAGAGCUGGACGUUGUACUGCACUGGGAAGGCCUCGCGGGACAUGAUGUUCCAGGUGCUGGCACUUGAAAACCCGGAGGUGAGAGUGCUCAGCUAUGCCCCAGGGCCUCUGGACACGGAAAUGCAGCAGCUGGCCCGCACAAAGUCCGCAGACCCGGAAGUGCGCGAGCAGUUCCUCCGCAUGAAGCAGAGCGGGCAGCUGCUGGACUGCAGCGUGUCCGCCCAGAAGCUAGUGACUCUGCUGCUGCAGGACACGUUCGCCUCUGGGGCACACAUAGACUUCUAUGAGCUCUAACCCGCCAGCUGCUGCUUCCCCCCGCCCCGGCGUCUGCGUCUGCAACUGAGCUCCGUAUAAAAUACCCUCGGCUUUCAGAAGGGAAACCAGCUACCGGACUGUGACUCUCAUUUCAAAUAUCCACCGGGCGGAGAGCGGACCGCCCAACAAGAGGGGCUUUGGCCGGUACCCGGGGGCUGCGGUAGCCCUGGGGUUGCCGAGCCAGCGCUCCCCGGACAGGUCACGGGGGCAGCAGCACGAGGUUGGGAGGAUGCGCAAACAGCGCGGUCACCCUGGCAACCGCCGCCCAGGGCGCCCCCCACUCCCAGCUGCCUGCCCGGCCCGGCAGCGCGACUCCCCUGCCUACGCGGCUCGGGCCCCAAGCUACCCCUCCCCCUCCCCAUGUUCAGCAGCGGGCGAUGCAGGUAGUUGCCGCCGAUGUUACCGCGCAUGCGCAAAUGUUCGGCCCCAGUCGCAGCGAGGUGGCUUGUCCCCGGGGAGGGGGGGCGAAGUGACCAGUCCCCGGCCAGGGUCUCGGACUUGGCGGCCGCCGGUGGCGCGGGGCAGGGCCCUCCCUGGGCAGCCGUCGCAAGGCCGCAGCCGCCUGCAGCGCUCCUCAGGCCGGGCCUCCGCCGCGGUGACCGCUGCCCCCCCAGCCCGGCGCGUUACCUCGCCUUGGCAGAGCCGGGUCAGAGAGAGUAGUUGUGUAAACGGGCAAGUGAAAUGUCACUGUUGUUUUAUCAGUCAUCAGGGUAAAGGAGGAGCAAGGACGUUUUGUGGCUGGGCUGGGAAAUGUUCCCGACGGGUUGCAGGGCUGGUUAACCCGGCAGCAUUCUUAGUAAGGGGGAAAGUUGACUGUCCAUUCCUGUGGCAUCAACGUUGUAUGUUUGCAAGUGAAUACCUGCUAAAAGAUACACAUAUUGCAUCAGCUACAAACUUGUGUUUCUUCUGGCUAAGUGUUACCCAAUGCUAAGAUUGUGUAGUUCAGGGUAGGGACUAUAUGUUAUGUUUGUACAUCACCAAGCCCACAAUGAAGCUAGAGCAUGUAGAUGGUUCUGCAAUACAAAUUGAAUAAAUCUGCUUAUCAUGGGGGGUGCUUGGCCCUUCUGGCUUGAUGCUUUAUUCAUGGGAAAGUUGGUAUUACACCCAGAGACUAUGAUUUUAAGUUUUUACAAACUGGAAUAGAAUUUGGAUAUUAUAUUGUGCUUCUCAUAUUCAUAGUAUCUCACCUACUUUACAAAGCAAUGAAUGGGAUGCAUAUAUGCAAGAACUGUGUACAUAAACAAGAAUCAGAUGCUCAUGG